AUGAAUUCACAGUCUUUUGUAUUUGGAACUUAUGUGAGCUGGGAUGUUAGAAGUCUGCUUCUCUUCAUUACUAUUUUUAUCCUCACUACAGAUUAUAUUAAGCACCGCCGGCCAGCCAGCUUCCCUCCAGGACCAUGGGCUUUACCUGUCGUUGGCAACAUCUUCUCUGUAGACCACAGCAGGGCCCAUGAGAGUCUGACACAGUUAGCAGGGAAGUAUGGAGAUGUGUUCAGCCUGAGAAUGGGUCAGGAGUGGAUGGUGGUCUUGAAUGGCUUUGAGGUUCUGAAAGAAGCUCUUGUAAAUCAGGGGGGCAGUCUGGCUGACCGCCCACCUCUCCCUCUUCUAAUGGACAUGUGCCAUGGUCUAGGUGUUAUUUUAAGUAGUGGACACUUGUGGAAGCAGCAGAGGCGUUUCGUUCUUUCAACCCUCAGAAAUUUUGGACUUGGCAAGAAGACACUUGAGCCUGUGAUUCUUGAUGAAUUAACAUAUUGUUUAAAGAAAUUAAAAAGCUAUGAAGGUAAGCCCUUCAAUCCACACCUCUGCAUAAACAGCGCUGCUUCCAACAUCAUCUGUUCUCUGGUUUUUGGGCGUCGCUUUGAGUACACUGAUGAGAAGUUCAGGACACUGAUAAGUGAUUUGGAAAUAGCGCUCCAAUGUCAAACAUCAGUUGGGGCCCAGUUUUACAACUCAUUCCCUCUGCUGAUGAGAUACAUACCAGGGAAACAUCAGACAUUCCUGAACAUAUGUUGUAAUAUAAAGGAUUUCAUAAGAGAAGAGCUUAAGGAACACAAGCAAAACUGGGACCCCUCAGACCCAAGAGACUACAUCGACUGCUACCUGAAUGAGAUAGAGAUGAACAAGGGGAGGGCAGACAGCACUUUUGAUGAAGAAAACUUGGUAGAAUGUGUCUUAGAUCUUUUUGUGGCUGGUUCAGAGACCACAUCCACCACCCUCCGCUGGGCUUUCCUCUACAUGGCAAAGUACACUGAGAUCCAGGCAAGUGUCCAGGCUGAAAUAGACAGAGUAAUCGGACAGUCCAGGCCACCAUCAAUGGAAGAUCGUGUUAACCUGCCCUACGCUGACGCCGUCAUCCAUGAGAUCCAGAGAAUGGGCAACAUAGCUCCUCUUAGUGUGCCACAUAUGACCAACAAAGAUAUUCAGCUGGGAGGAUACACUAUCCCAAAGGGGAUCACAGUCAUCCCCAAUUUGACCUCAGUGUUAUUUGACAAGAAUGACUGGGAGACACCCUUCACCUUCAACCCCAGACACUUUCUGAAUGAGGAGGGAAAGUUUGUAAAGCAGUCUACUUUCAUCCCUUUUUCUGCAGGAAAGCGGCAGUGUCCCGGUGAGAAUCUUGCAAAGAUGGAGCUUUUUCUUUUUUUCACCUCGUUCAUGCAGCACUUCACCUUCUCUAUGCCUGCUGGGGUUAAACCUGUGUUGGACUUUGUCUUUGGAAGCACUCUGGCUCCUUGUGAUUAUGAAAUCUGUGUUACCCCACGCUUGUAAAAGCUAUGAUUGACAAAGAGAGUCUUUAUUCUAUGUUUUCACUGUUAACUGUAUGCCAGCUCUCUGGGAUUCAAAGAUGAUUUACACUGAUAUUUUGCUUUAAGUUUAGAUUAGGAAAAACAUUGUUGUCCCUGCUUACAUCCCACACAGCAAUUAAUCUGUCAUGACCUUCCCUUUUUGGGUUGUCGUACACGUCGCGUUCCUAGAGGGCAUUUAUUGGUAGUUACAACUGGGGAUGGUCAUAAUUAGCCAGCUAAAUGGUCAGAAUUUGAUUUCCUUGUAGUUAGCACAAGAAUUAUGUGUAAGUUAAACAAAUUCUUAAAUUUAUUUCAACUUUCAACCAGUUCAGGCCCACAAUCUUGGUCAAAUGCUCAAUCAAAAUAGUAGCACAGCUGCCUGUCACUUGUCUUUAGCAAUGGCUGACAAUAUUCAGCACAGGAAUGUGGAUGUUAACCAGCAUAGAGGAUGGAAGACCGG